AUGUCUGCUACUCCUGAUAUCACCUUGUAUACGUUUUCUACACCUAAUGGCCAUAAAGCCAGCAUUACUUUAGAGGAACUAGGAAUUCCUUACAAAGUACACAAAGUCUCUUUGAUGUCAGGGGAACAGAGACAAGAAUGGUUCUUGAAAAUCAAUCCUAAUGGCAUGAUACCAGCCAUUGUUGAUCACUCGCGUGGUGACUUUAGUGUAUUUGAAAGUGGUGCCAUCAUGAUCUAUCUAUGCGAGCAUUAUGACCCGGAAGGUAAACUUUUGCCCAAGGAUCCUAAUCUGCGUAGCGAGACUAUUCAAUGGAUUAUGUUCCAUGCCAGUGGUGUGGCUCCAAUGCAACUUCAAGCAUCUCAUUUUCUCAAGUGGGCCCCAGAGGCGAUUCCAUACAGCAUUGCUCGAUACGUUAAGGAAACUCGAAGACUGUAUAGUGUGCUUGAAAGCAGACUGCAAGACAGAGAAUUCCUUGUGGGAGAUUCACUGACACUUGCCGAUAUUAUUAAUUUUACUUGGGUUUAUACUGCACCCUCCAUCAACCUCAAUCUUGAUGAAUAUCCUAAUGUCAAGAAUUGGAUAGCUCGCAUAGAAGCGAGACCAGCUGUGCAAAAAGGACUUGAUGUACCUGACCAGAACUCAACAAGGGAGUUGAGAGCUGGUAGGACUGAGGUAUCGCCAGUUGUUAAGGAGAGAUUUGCUUUGCUUUAA